AACCAAACCACAUUCCAUCCCUUUCAUCAAACCAAAGCACCAGCUUAUAUCUUUCCUCAGAAAUCAUGUUCACCAAAGUUGUUUUCGUUUUCACCGCUCUUGCUGCUGUUGUUGCCGCUGGCUCCAGCCAAUGCAACGCCGGCCCUGUCCAAUGCUGCAACACCCUCACCACCGCUAGCAACUCCCAAGCUGCGGGUCUCAUUCAACAAUUGGGCUUGAGCGGCGUUGGUGCCAAUGUUCCCGUCGGGAUCAACUGCAACCCUAUCACUGGUAUUGGUGCUGGCAGCGGCUCGUCUUGCAACGCUAACCCCGCCUGCUGCGACAAUACCUAUACAAAUGGUCUCGGCGUCCAGUGCAACCCUAUCAAUGUCAACCUUUAAGGAGUGGAAAUGUUCUGCGGAGCGGUGGUUUACUUUUGGGUCGUUGUAGUAGUGGGGAGGGGAGUACGGUUGAGCUGACUCGUAGUGUCGCACUUAUCACAUCUCUCACGUCAUAUGGUUUUCACUUAUUUUCACUUUCUAACUUUCUAAUUUGGAGUUUGUUGUUCUUUCUGAGACUGUCGUACUUGAAUUCAAAAUUACAUCUUUUUUCAACAUGACCUUUCAUUUGGCUCAUCAAACCAUGACAUCUUGUUAUGCACUUAAAGCUAAGUAUUCUUGUUAUCAGUAGGUGGUAUUGAGCCCGUAUAGCCUUUAGUACACUUUUUAUUUUACUUUCAUUCAAUGAUUUUAUCACGC